AUGCCCAGCCCACCGGCAGGGUUUGUGCUGGACGAUGAAGGGGAGGUGGUGCUGGCUGCACCUGCCGAGAGGAGAACGCUCACCAUUGUGAUUCACGACCCCAUCACCAACCGCUCAUUGGACUGUGUCAUUCGACGCGCCUUCUCCAACUCGCUUAACGUCCCUUUCUUCCUUCUCCACCCGCUCGACACCCCUAUAAUGUUCUUCCGCAUCUCGGGGAGAACGGGUGAGCUGCAGGAGGUGGAUGAUGAGGAGGCGGAGCGGAUUAUUCCCGCUGCUGCAUACGCUCUCGCCAAGAAGAGCCUUCAUUUGACACCUACAGGCUUCACCCUCACCCUCAGAGGAGCCAUCUGCUUCACAGAGGAUGACGUCAUCAACCUGGACACUGAGCUGGGGUUUGGCAUCGGGGGCUCCCUGGCUGAAGGCGUUGACAUCACCACGUUCCUGUCUGGCGGCCAGGAGUACAUGAUAUACACGCCCUUCGACCCACUCAUGUUUGUAGUAUACAAGGACCCUAAGACUAGCGAGAUUCUUGUGGCUGAAGAUCCUGAGCUUCUGAACGAUCCCAAGGUGUUGGAUGCAAUUGAUGAGGAGCAGCAGUUCCAAGCCAUGGUGGUGAGCUGUGCUGCGGUGGUGUGUUAUAGUGGUGGUAUGGUGGUGAGCUGUGCUGGGGUGGUGUGUUAUGGUGGUGAGCUGUGCUGGGGUGGUGUGUUAUGGUGCUGUGCUGAGGUGGUGUGUUAUGGUGGUGAGCUGUGCUGGGGUGGUGUGUUAUGGUGCUGUGCUGGGGUGGUGUGUUAUGGUGCUGUGCUGGGGUGGUGUGUUAUGGUGGUGAGCUGUGCUGGGGUGGUGUGUUAUGGUGCUGGGGUGGUGUGA